AUGGCGGCGGCUGGAGAGGAAGCGGAGAGCUCCACCGCCGCCGGCGAGCGGCCACGCGUUCCCUUUGCCCGGGGCGGCCCGGUGUUCGUCCCCUUCAUGGUGGGCCCUAUCUCCACCGUCCCCGAGUUCACGUCCUCCGCGCUCCGCGAGGUUCAGUCCCUGCGCGACGAAUUGGGGGACCCUGGGGACGAAUUUGAGGAGGAGCUCUGCGUCGAUGAGCUCAGGGUGCUCUCCGAGGGAGAGCUCGUGGAGCGUGCUCUCCGGGAGGCUAUGGAGGAGGACUGGGACUCUGGUGCUCCAUCACAACCCGUGGAUCAAAGGUCUGGCGCUCCAUCACAACCACUGAAUCGAAGGUUUGAGGCAGGAAUGCCAGGGAGUUCCACCCCUGGAAAUGAUACUGUCACCUCAAGCGCAUCAGUUGAAACUCAGAGUUCCAUAUCACCUCGAGGUGAUAGGGCAAUUGGACUGGACGAAAUUGGACUGGUUGAACCACAUGACAACCAUGGAAAAACAAGAGGUGAAAAGAGAAAAGGCAGGAAAAGGAAGGAAAAUAAUGGUGUCCUCACCUCAGAUCCAACAACCAAGGAAGGGAGAAAGGGGAAACCUGGAGGCAGAAAGGGUAAAAAUGGAACCAUUUCAAAUUCAUCAAUUGAAAUACCUAGUAAGGAAAUGUCAGUUGUUCCACAUGACCCAGAAGGCGCAGAUGGACAAACAAAACGUAGAAAGGGCAAAAAGAGAGGCAGGCAUUUUGAUAGGGAAGUUCGAGCGCAUAUUUUACAAGGGAGGUACCUUACUAAAGCAGAGAAGAUGGCAGAAAUCAAGAUCAAGCAAGAAAAAGACAAGCGUGAAGCCAGGCUGCACUCUUUCAGUGGUGGUGAUUCUGUGAUGUCCAAAGGCUGUAAGGCCUCGGUGGAGAAAACUGACGUGGCAAAAUCUCUUUCAUACAACAGUGCCCCUUGGAAGCACAAAGCUUCGAAAUCUGAGGAACACAUACCUAUAGUCUAUCCAGAAGUAGUUCUUUCUGUCGAAAUUUAUGAGCAGAAGCAAAGCUCUGUGAAAAGCCAGGAAUUUCUUGUGUUGGGAAGUCAGCUUCUUACAGAUCUUAAGGACAAUAUCUACUGUUCAACUAAUAGGUUGAUGGAGGUGAAUAAACAAAGCGAUCAUUCUGGCUAUUUUCUUAUCGAGGAUAUGUUCUACAAUGACACGAGACAUUAUUCUGCCGUUGAUUACAGUGAGCCUAUACUUGAGUGGCUUAACAGUUCCAGUGAUGAGGUGGCAGAGAAGUGGGAUGCCAUAAGUUCUGGCGCGUUAAAGAAACGACAAAAGGACUUACUGAAGGGUUUGAAUAUUUCAAAUGUACCCGAGUUUAAAUCUGCAAAAAUGCAAAGUACCCACUUUUCAGACCUGCACUUCCGAAUUGGUGCUGGGUACCUCUACUGCCACCAGGGUAACUGCAAGCACACGUUCGUGAUUAGAGACAUGAGGUUAAUCCACCCGGAGGACACACAGAGCCAAGCUGAGUACCCUCUCAUGACGUUCCAGACGCAGAAGCGUUUCCAGAAGUGUUCAGUGUGCCAGAUCUACCUUGCAACGAAGAUGACGGUUGACGACAAAUGGGCUCCGAACAAUCCCUGUUAUUUCUGCAAGCAAUGCUACUACCUCCUCCACUACCGGGAGGACGACUCGCUGUUAUACCAUCAUACUGUGUACGAUUACCUCCAGGAGUAAACGGUAUCUGUUUUUAGACCAAAAGCCAUGAAGCCCCGGCUUUUACUUGCAGGUGUCUUGUACUCCCUCUGUGCACUAAUAUAAGAUGUUGUAGAUAUUCUUAAAGUAGACUAGAUACAAACUAAAAGGAGUGAACC